AUUUUGGAUCGGACGGUCAAGGAUCCUUCGUCUUUCUCAGGCUGCCGAGCAGAGCACCUCUUUCGCCUCCUUUCUGAGGGACCUCUCCCUCUCCUCGUCCCCCCGCCUCAACAGCCGCAUGGCCUCCCCCGCCCCCACCUCCGCCGCGGCAGCAGAUCCCGGGAUGGCGUACAAGCUCCUCCUCUCCUGCCCCGCCGGCCUUCCUCGCUCCAGCGUUUCGGUUAAGUUUGAUCAGUCAUUCGACAGGAUUCCCCAUCCAGAUGCAACCUUGGAGGAAUCUAUAAGUGAGAUAUGGAACCAAAGGCAUCAGCGGAACCCAUCGUUGUACAACGGUACAAAGUUUCGGUACGGAGGAAAUGCCUUGCACCACAAAGAUGGCCCAAAUCAGGAGUACUGUGUCUCACUUCAUUUGGGUCUCACAGACUACAGGACAUUUGUGGGAACAAAUCUCAAUCCAUUGUGGGAGAAAUUUUUGGUCCCAUCUGAAGAUGAUUCUGUGUAUUGCCAACACAUGUCAAAUCCACUGGGCAAUGGUGCAAUUGUUGAAACAUCUGAUGAAAAGAUUAUUGUACUGCAAAGGAGCUACAACGUGGGGGAGUUUCCUGGAUACUAUGUUUUCCCAGGAGGACAUUCGGAGCCUCAAGAAAUUGGAAUCAUGGGUCAUCAAACUGAUGAAGAAGACCUUGCUCGUCUCAGUGAAAGAGUUUCACAAGAGAUGUUUGAAGGGAUCAUCCGUGAAGUGGUUGAGGAAACUGGAGUUCCUGCUAGUUCCCUGACAGAUCCUGUCUUCAUUGGAGUUUCUCGCCGAGAAAUGAAUGUUAGGCCAACUGCAUUCUUUUUUACAAAAUGUAACAUUGAUUCCAGUGGUGUAAGUGAACUUUAUUCUAGAGCUCAAGAUGGCUAUGAAUCCACUAAACUAUAUGCGGUCUCAGUGGAUGAGUUACGAGGAAUGAGCCAGCGGAUGCCUGGUUGCCACAAUGGUGGCUUUGCUCUAUAUGAAUUGAUGAGGAAUGCUGCCGAAAGUUUUGAACAUAUUGAUGCCUAGAUUAUUAUGGUGGUGCUAUAUCACAAAAUAAGUGUGGAGAUAUUCACAGCUCACAGAAACACGAUGCGCAACACGAUCGUAUUGAAAUUCAACUUCUUUGGAGUACAUGUGCUAUUUCUUUCUUCGUUGGGCUCGCUAGACCCUUAGCGGGAGUGCUGAAAGAAAUAAGAGUAGCAAGCUUAAUUUUUCCUGUCAUACUGUAACGAAAAACUAAAGACUGAUGUGGUGGUGCCUGAUCUGUUGUUGCUUUGCUAACUGAGGUGCUCAAGGUUGCUUUCCUCUGUUCAACUUCAUGGAGAGCUGAUUUGUAGACUGUAAUGGUCUUUCAGGUUUCAGUUUCCGGCUAACGCCGAUGGCUGUGUUCGCUCAGUAUAUCACGUGUCAAACGGUCCUGAACAAUUGUGACCAUAUUCAUAGGCGUGCAAUUAUGCUUGCUCUUCAUGUUCUACUUUA